UGGAUGGAAUAAAAAAAUAUUAAAAAAAAAAACAAAAAACACUAAAAAAGAGAUGUCUACAUCAGUUGAUCCCGUGGAAUUACCAUUGAUGACCUCGUUAUGGUCUGUGGUAUUCAUUCUUUUGGCAUAUGUAAUCUUUGUGUUUAAAGUGGGCAAAGACUGGAUGAAAAAUCGUAGACCCUACAAUGUGCAAAAACCCAUGUUAAUCUACAAUGCCUUUCAAAUUGUCUACAAUGUCACACUACUUUGCAAUAUUUUUCAUAUGGUUUUCAUUAAACAAAUAUAUAAUUUCCGCUGCAUGGAAUCAUUGCCACUGGAUCAUCCUGAGAAGAGAUGGGAGCGUCUUCUUAGCUAUUUCUACUUUCUAAACAAAGUCUGUGAUCUCAUGGAUACGAUAUUCUUUGUGCUACGCAAGAGUUAUAAGCAAAUCACAGUUCUUCAUGUCUUCCAUCAUAUUUCUAUGGUAUUGUUCUUUCCCAUUUUCUAUCCCAAAUUCGGAGCUGGCGGAGAGAUCGUCUCAAUGGGCAUGUGCAAUACAUUUGUGCAUAGUCUAAUGUACACAUAUUAUUUUAUAUCGGCUCUGUUUCCCAAUAUGAAGGGAAUUGAGAAAUGGAAAAAAUUAAUCACAAUAUCACAAAUGGUGCAGUUUUUAAUAUGCCAUUUGCAUGGCGAUAUAAUGUUUAUAUUCUAUCCAGAAUGCAAAUUGUAUGGUCAGCAUCUACUGCUAAUGGGAAUGUCCACGGCAAUGUUCAUUAUGUUUGCCAAUUUCUAUCACAAAGCUUAUAUGCAACCAAAGUCAAAGAAUCGUGAAUAAGAAAUACUUAAAUUAUUUAUAAUUUUUUUUUGUAAAGUAAAUGCCUUUGUCUAUAACUGAAUGUCUUUAAGUUUAGCUUUAUCUAUGUGAAUAAUGAUUCAAAUAGCAUUCAAAUUGUCAUCACAUUGGUUGACAAACUAAUUUAUAACUGACAAAAAUAUGGAGUACAAUGAAGAUUUUUCUUGAUUUGAGACGAAGCGAUAAAUAAAAGCAUCAAUAAAUCUCGCA